AUGCUGCUCCACGCGCGGCGCCUCGUGGCGCGCCGCCCGCUCCGGGCCGCGCUCACCCGCUGCUCGUCGUCGUCGCAGGACGCCUUCGACGACCACAAACCCGUCGGCCAGCGGACGUCGAACUACCGCGGCCACCUGCCCACGAGUCCGCUCCAGAAGGCCUUCGCCGCCGGCGCGUCGGCGCUGCAGGCCAUCGCGAACCCGGAGCGCGCGGACAUGGUGGGCCUGCUCGGCGAGGUGACGGGCCGCGUCGCCCUCGAGCGGCUCCGCGACGAGCUGCGGGCGAGCGCCGAGGGCCGCGAGGUCCUCGCGCUGCGGCCGAUCGUCUCGACCGCGGACGCGGACGCGGCGCGCCUGCGGGACGCGUGCGCGCCGGGCACCUUCGGCCGCGCCUACGGCGCCUUCAUGGGCCGCCACGGCUUCGACGCCGACGACCGGUCGCCCGUGACGCUCGUCGACGACGAGGAGCUCGCGUACGUGCUGCUCCGCUACCGCCAGGUCCACGACUACUGGCACGUGCUCUUCGGGCUGCCGCCGUCCAUCCCCGGCGAGCUCGCGCUCAAGUGGUUCGAGCUCGUCCACACGGGCCUGCCCGUGGCGGCCUUCUCCGCCGUCUUCGGGCCCGUGCACCUGAGCGGCGGCGACCGCGCGUUCCUCCGGGACGCGAUCAUCCCCUGGGCGCUCGACGCGGGCAAGCGGGCGAAGCCGCUCCUCGCCGUCCACUACGAGGCCCACUGGCACACGGACCUGGCGCAGCUGCGCGCGGACCUGCGCGUCGUCCCCGCGCCGAAAGGCGGGUGA